AUGGAGAGCCUAAAGCAUGCAGAUUAUCAACUAGGCUUGUGUCAGGGCAGUAAAACAAGAUCCUAUCUUUCAAAUAACCAGCAGAUGCAUGGUUCAGCAGUGUGGAAUAUCAAACAAAUGAUUAAGUUGACACAAGAACAUAUAGAGGCCCUGUUGGACAAAUUUGGUGGGGAGCAUAAUCCACCAUCAAUAUACCUGGAGGCCUAUGAAGAAUACACCAGCAAGCUAGAUGCCCUCCAACAAAGAGAACAACAGUUAUUGGAAUCCCUGGGAAACGGAACUGAUUUUUCUGUUUCUAGCUCUGCAUCAAUGGACACUGUUACAUCUUCUUCUUCUUCUAGCCUUUCAGUGCUACCUUCAUCUCUUUCAGUUUUUCAAAAUCCCACAGAUGUAUCUCGGAGCAACCCCAAGUCACCACAAAAACCUAUUGUUAGAGUCUUCCUGCCCAACAAACAGAGGACAGUGGUACCUGCAAGAUGUGGAGUUACAGUCCGAGACAGCCUAAAGAAAGCACUCAUGAUGAGAGGUCUUAUCCCAGAGUGCUGUGCUGUUUACAGAAUUCAGGAUGGAGAGAAGAAGCCUAUUGGUUGGGAUACUGAUAUUUCCUGGCUUACUGGGGAGGAGUUGCAUGUAGAAGUGUUGGAGAAUGUUCCGCUCACAACACACAACUUUGUACGGAAAACUUUUUUCACCUUAGCUUUUUGUGACUUUUGUCGAAAGCUGCUUUUCCAAGGUUUCCGCUGUCAAACAUGUGGUUAUAAAUUUCACCAGCGUUGUAGUACAGAAGUUCCACUGAUGUGUGUUAAUUAUGACCAACUUGAUUUGCUGUUUGUCUCCAAGUUCUUUGAACAUCACCCAAUACCACAGGAGGAGACCUCCUUAACAGAGACUGUCCUUACAUCUGGAUCAUCCCCUUCUGCACCCACCUCAGAUUCUAUUGGGCCCCAAAUUCUCACCAGUCCAUCUCCUUCAAAAUCCAUUCCAAUUCCACAGCCCUUCCGACCAGCAGAUGAAGAUCAUAGAAAUCAGUUUGGGCAACGGGACCGGUCCUCAUCAGCUCCUAAUGUGCAUAUAAACACAAUAGAACCUGUCAAUAUUGAUGAUUUGAUUAGAGAUCAAGGGUUUCGUGGUGAUGGAGGUAAAGCUAAUCUCUUCACUGUGACCUUCUUGUGUACCUUCAAAACCCCCUUGAACCAGCUGAUGCGCUGUCUUCGGAAAUACCAAUCCCGGACUCCCAGCCCCCUCCUACAUUCUGUCCCCAGUGAAAUAGUGUUUGAUUUUGAGCCUGGCCCAGUGUUCAGAGGUGAUGUAGCAGUGAAAAUGUUGAAUGUGACAGCACCUACACCUCAACAGUUACAGGCCUUCAAAAAUGAAGUAGGAGUACUCAGGAAAACACGACAUGUAAACAUCCUACUCUUCAUGGGCUAUUCCACAAAGCCACAGCUGGCUAUUGUUACCCAGUGGUGCGAGGGCUCCAGCUUAUAUCACCACCUGCACAUCAUUGAGACCAAAUUUGAGAUGAUCAAACUUAUAGAUAUUGCACGGCAGACUGCACAGGGCAUGGAUUAUUUACACGCCAAGUCAAUCAUCCACAGAGACCUCAAGAGUAAUAAUAUAUUUCUUCAUGAAGACCUCACGGUAAAAAUAGGUGAUUUUGGUCUAGCCACAGUGAAAUCUCGAUGGAGUGGGUCCCAUCAGUUUGAACAGUUGUCUGGAUCUAUUUUGUGGAUGGCACCAGAAGUAAUCAGAAUGCAAGAUAAAAACCCAUACAGCUUUCAGUCAGAUGUGUAUGCAUUUGGAAUUGUUUUGUAUGAAUUGAUGACUGGCCAGUUACCUUAUUCAAAUAUCAACAACAGGGACCAGAUAAUUUUUAUGGUGGGACGAGGAUACCUGUCUCCAGAUCUCAGUAAAGUGCGGAGCAACUGUCCGAAAGCCAUGAAGAGAUUAAUGGCAGAGUGCCUCAAAAAGAAGAGAGAUGAGAGACCGCUCUUUCCCCAAAUUCUCGCCUCUAUUGAGCUGUUGGCCCGCUCAUUGCCAAAAAUUCACCGUAGUGCAUCAGAACCCUCCUUGAACCGGGCUGGUUUUCAGACAGAGGAUUUUAGUCUAUAUGCUUGUGCUUCUCCAAAAACACCCAUUCAGGCAGGGGGCUAUGGAGAAUUUGCAGCCUUCAAGUAGCCACACCACCAUGGCCGCAUCUACUCUUUAUUUCUUUAAGUCUUGUAUUCCUACAGUUUGUUAACAUCAAAACACGAUUCUGUGCUGCAAUCCUUUUUUUUUUUUUUAAGAUACAAAAUUUUCAAUGCAUAAACUGGUGUGGAACAGAGUGGAAUCUCUUACUCAACAAAAGAGGGAAGAGUGCUUUAGGAGCCAGAAUUCUCUGCUGCCAGUGUUUCUUCUUCAACACAAACACCACGUGCAUACAAGUCUGCCCACUCCUGGAAGAAAAAGGAGAGACCCUGAGUUCUGACCUUUUGAUGGUCAGGCAUGAUGGAAAGAAACUGCUGCUACAGCUUGGGAAAUUUGCUAUAGAAAGUCUGCCAGUCAACUUUGCCCUUCUAACCACCAGAUCAAUUUGUGGCUGGUCAUCUGAUGGGCAGUUUCAAUCACCAAGCAUCAUUCUCUUUCCUGUUCUGGGAUUUUGUUGUGGAGCUCUUUCCCCUAGCCACCACCAAUUAAUUUCUGAGGGAUGGAACAGAAAUGCAGCAUACCUUUUCUGGGUGGCACAUGUUCAGUCCUUGGCAAAUUUGAUCACAAGUGAAGCUGUCUUGUUUAACUGGAGGUGGAGAGGUGAGGAAGAGCUGCAUUUGGGGGGCAGAGGAAAAGGGAAUGCUGCAUCUUCUUCCUGACCUCCGUUUCUUGGCCUCUGGUUGCCUGGCUCACUGGGGCUGUGCCUAACCAUGCAAGUUGGACAGUGCUGGCACACAUCGCCUUCUUUUCUCAUUGGGUCCAGCAAUGGAGAUGAGGGCUGGGGACUUGGUUCCUCCACAAUGUAGCAAAUUCUCAGGAAAUACAGUCCAUAUCUUCCUCUAAGCUCUUCCAGUCACCAAGUACUUACAUGGCUGUUAUGUCCAAAGCAAACACGCCCUGGGCAUAUCUAACUAAACGCCUGCAAAACUGCUGACUAACAGUUUUGAAUGUGAGAAAUUUAUGUAAUUGAAGUGUCAGGUACAAGUUUUAAUUUCUGGGUUUCUUUUAUUUUUAUUAAAAAGAAAAUGAUUUUCAGAUUUAAUUGGAAUAAUACUUCCCACCAGAAUUAUAUAUCCUGAAAAUGGUAUUUUUGUUAUAUAAACUUUUAAAGAAAGACCAUUGCCCUUUUAUCUACCUAAAACAUGGAGAGUCUUAGACAAUUAUUUAUAAUUUUUAAAUUAAUGGUACUUGCUGGGUCCACACUAACAUCUUUGCUAAUAAUCUCAUUGUUUCUUCCAACUUACUCAUUCCUACACUACAUUCUGCAUCCUCUUUCCAGUCUUUGAUCUAGAAUAUGCAACCUAAAAUAAAAGUGGUGGUAUCUCCAUUCAUUCUCCUCCUUCCUUUCUUCCCAAGCCUGGUCUUCAAAAGGUUGGGUAAUUUGGCAGUUGAAUCCCCCACCUGGGAAAUGUUAGGGCUAUUGGAGUGGAGGGCCGAUGUGUGAAAGCAGUUGUUUUUAUAGAAAGAGUUACUAUGAUAGAGGGAAUCUAAAUCUUUCCUAUCCUUGGACAGAUGGAAAAUAUAAACAAGCCCCAGCUUCCUUUGGCCUUCAUGAAUGGGCAGUACAAAUGACCAUGGUAGCAUAGAAAGCGAUGGGAUAAACUAAUGGUAACUCCCUUAUUGGGAGUUCAGGAUUGAUUGUCAGGCUUUUGGAAUGCAGAUCAUACAAGAUUUACUUAGCCAACUAAGGGAUAGCCAAAACCUGAAAGAAAUUCUUUUAAGACCAAAAAUAAAUCAGGGAAUUAAAAGUGAUCAUGUAACAUUUUCCUGGUUCCACUAUCUAUAGCUCACCUGUUUACUACUCAUUAUCAUUAGAUAGAUGACUUCUGCUUAAAUACUUGGCAUCAGAAGAAGGCCUGCUGCAAAUUUCACAGACUUACACAAGGUUGACCCUAGAAAAGUAGGAAAUAUUGUGGGGUGUGAAUCAUUUUGAAGCGUACUAGUAUGUUUUUAAGUUUGAUGUGAGCAGAGCAGUGUCUUAAAUUUUUUUAGAAUUGCCGAGAUGGAAAUAUAUUGUGCUGGUAUGAAAAGAAUCCACUGUGCAUGACGCACCUCUUACUGAAGUAAAAGUCCAAAACAUCUCUGUAGAUGCUACUUAAUAUAGCUGUGUUUCCUUUAGCAAGAUUGGCUUAGAUCUUAAGUCCUGGUUAGAGAAAAACACAGACAGGUGUUGAAGUCCUGCUCAGGAGGUAGAGCCUGCUGUGCAUGCCGCAGUGCGGGCUCCCUCUCUCCAGGGACAGAGCCAGCAAGCUGAGGGAGGACUCUCAAGUUGGAAUUGUCUAAACAAACGUCUUCCUUUCAUUUUAGAAUGUUUCUCUCUUACGUGUAAAGGGGGAACAGAGGUGAUAUCAAAUGAAAUUUUGUUCCAAAGUUGGGCUCAGGAUAUUGAGGGGUGGUGGUUUUUUUGUUGUUUUGUUUUUUUAAGGGAAGUUUAAAAAUAAAAACAAUGUUUAAACCUUCCAUCUUAUUCAUCAAAUAGAUAUUUUUUCCUUGAGUUUACAAAUGACAAUAAAAGGAAUAUCCUUUGCUGUAAGUUUUGGUCCUUAGCCUAUAGGAGGUAGACUUGAGCUCCUAAGAGAUAGGAGGAAGACGCUCUUGUUUGUGCAGAGCACUUUAUGAGUAAUUGCACCGACAGUGUGUGGCUGCUUCUCCAACCACCUCCUAAGGCCGCCAGUGAAGUGUGUCUGUCAGCAAAGUUGCAGCGCCUUUCAGCAUGGGUUUUGGUUUUGGUUGGGAGAGCGAGGCCCUCUGGAAAGUUCACGAGCAGCUGUAGAAGACUUUAAAUAUGUAGUAUUCCUGAUUGACUUUCUUUCCUUGAAAUAAUAUGGACCAAAAAAUUUAUGGAAGGGACUUGUGAAUAGGAAAUCUGAUGUUCUCAUUUGUGCUUACGUACACCUUAAAAGAAGACUCUUAACUAGUUAUCAAAUUGUGGUUCCUGGAUAUCCUGUCCCUGAUUAUAUUUGAGGUCUGGUAGGACGCGCCUAGGACAUUCUAGAAGGGAAAACCCCAUGUAAAUCACGUUAUAUUUAUGUCAUUGUUGAAGUGUUUUUGAAAAGACAGUUCAAAACUUUAGCACUGAAGCUUUGUAAAUAUUUCCUCAUUUUUGUUUGGUGCAGUCCCAGCUCUUGUGUCACACAACGUUGUGUUGUUUUGACGCAGCGCUGUGCGAGCUAUCGUGUGCCCCUCUUCAAAUCUCAGCUGUCCCCACUGCGCACCACCACCCGGCCUCCCUCAAACAGCAGCUCUAGCUUUACUUUCAAACACUGCGGAGUUCAGGUGACUUCUUCAAAAAACCUACCUCCUCAGAAUGAGGUAAUGAAUAGCUAUUUAUUUAAAUUAUGAAAAGCCACGAGCUCUAGAACAUGAAGAUGAUUUAAGAUUUUAACUUUUAUGUGUUCUUGUAUCUGAGCACUCUGAUUUUGUCCUAAAGGGCAUUAUACAUUUAAGCAGUGAUAGUGUUUAAAAAAAAAAAUAAAAGCAUUGCUCAAGAGCAUCUGUAUGUUGUUGGAAGUGGUGCCGAAUCUGUUGGGUACAUUUCAGAAUCUUAACCUUAAAUCAGUUUCAUGAAGUUAAAUAGCUAUGGUAUCAUGUCACAGUGACACAGUUUUACUUUUCAGUAACUUGUCAAGGCAGUACAUCUCCAUACUGUGUUAGCCACAGCUUUGUCACCCUCAUGAGAUACUUAUUCAGAGAGACUGCCCAGCUAAGAGGGUAGAAGGAGGCCCUCUUAGACUUCAAGUUGGUGUUGCUUGAGACCAGCAGAUGUCAACCAUUAGGCUAUCAGAAACCACAACCAGAGAUGGAAGGUGAGAAUGAACAGCAACUAACUUGCAAGUUACAGCGAAAAGGUGUAGGUGAGAGUCUAGCAAAAUACCUUGACAAUUUGCCAAAUGAUCUUACUGUGCCUUCAUGAUGCAAUAAAAAAAAAAAGCUAAAAUUUUUAGCAGAAAUCAGUGAUUUAUGAAGAGAGCCACUCUGGUUUAACUCAGCUGUGUUAAUAUUUUUAGAGUGCAAUUUAGACUGCAAAGAUAAAUGCACUAAAGAGUUUAUAGCCAAAACACAUUUUAAAAAUGAGAAAAAAAAACAAGUAAAUUUUCAGUGAACAAAAUUAUUUUUUUAAAGCAUAUAAUCCCUAGUAUAGUCAGAUAUAUUUAUCACAUAGAGCAACUAGGUUGAAAAUACUGUUCAGUGACAUUUCUAGAGAAACUUUUUCUACUCCCAUAGGUUCUUCAAAGCAUGGAACUUUUAUACAACAAAAAUGUUUGACAGACAUUUUAAGAAACUGCUGUAGUUCAGUGUUGAAGUGCCGUAUGCUGGACAGCAAUCCUGUGUGUUGGUUCCACGUGUGCUUUCUCACUGAUAGUGAGAAAGGAGAAAAUAAAAUUUGUUUCCAGAGUACUGCUGCCAACCUAGACACUGAUUUUUCAGAAUUUAAAAUGUAAACUCGCCUCCCCGCGCUUGUUUGCAGUGAUGUUGGACUGUGCUAUCGAUUCUGAAUGAUGAAGAGCACAAAGGGCAGUCUCUGGCGUUGUCCUUAGUGAAGGGACUUGGAAUUGUGAGAGACCUAUCCUGUGUGGGUAAAACCAGACACUCCAUGGUGCACUUUGUGUGUUCGUUUUUUUUCCUCACCACCCUCCUCUCAGAUACUCAGAUGCAUUACUGAGGCCUGAGAAGGGGCAGUAGUGUCUCUGCCAGCACAGUGAUUUGUAGAUUGGCCAGAGGAGAGGACAGUGGCCAGUGUGUUUGUGGUCUUGUGUUGCUAGCUCUGGAAAAGCUGAAAGUGCUGGUAAUGUGUGUGUUGUUUGUCCUAUAAGAUGUAAGCUUCAUUUUGUUUUUGAAAUUUCAGAUAACUUUUUCUCACUUCUACUUAGGCAAAGACAUUGACAUUGAAAUCAGUUCUAAUUUUGUCAGUUGUAGAAAAGAUAAUUAAUAGUUCCUACAGGUAUUUUUUGAGACUGAAUUGGACAGAAUCCCAAAAUCAUUCCUCCUUUCCCCCUUUCUGUGAUGCUGGAGAUUGAACCUAGGACCUCGGCGUGUGUUAGGCCAGGGAUCUGCCACUGAGCCACAUCCCAGUUCAUGAAAUCUUAAGGCAAAAAGGUAAAAACCACAGUGGCCACCUCAAUAAAUUCUAGAUCUUUAUCUACAUUUUAACUUUUUAUUAUUAAAUCAGCUUCACUUAACGUUUACUUUCAUUUAGCUGUUUUGACUAAUUGCAAUGAUACAACCCGUUGUCAUGAGGACACAGCCAUUGUGUUUUUUGUGAUGCAUUUUUUUAAAGAAUUCUGUAGUACUCUUUAAACAGAAAAUUGGAGUGUGUUUUGUGUGUCAGAAAACAAUUUUGUGCAAACCAUUUGCUUCUCAUGGCAGGCUGAGUACAUUAUCCAGCACUCAUAACUGCUGUUUCCCAGGGGAGACAGGCAGGAAAUACUGGAAGAGGUGCAGCAAAGAGAGAGCUGAUUUACAGUGCUGGAACAGGGGUGAGGGAGUGAGUUAAAAGUCUUGUUUUUGCUUUGAAAAUCACUCGCGUUUCAUUAAGCCUUUUGAAUGUUUUGUGUUUUGGUGGGUGUGAGUUACAUAGGAAGAAAUCAAAGACUAACAUAAGCAACAAAGCAACUAGGCACAAAAAGUGGACCAAAAUAGGGUGGCAGUGAAGUCUGGGGAACAGGGAAAAACUAACGCAAAGGUGCGAAGUGAACUACAGUUACCUGAAAUAAAGUUUAAGAGUGCAAUACGUGUGCUUUUUAUUCUAAGCUGUGAACGGUUUAAAAUCAUUCCUUCCUAAUUCAUUUAUGUGUUCCAUAGUUGAUUCAAACCAGCUAUGUAAACAUAAGCCUUUUCACCUUUUCCAACAUAAGUGACUAACCUUUGUCUUAUUUAUCUUCAUGUUAUAUUAGUUUACAUACCAGGUAUGUGUGUGCUGUGCCCUUUCUCUUCCUUCAUUUGAAAACACAUUCAUUGGGUCCUCUAUUUCCUUUGGCCAUACCAAAUGAUGUAGUCUUGGUUUGGCCUUCAUGGUAUUGCUUGAUUUGAAGGACUGUGUCACAGUACCUGACCCUUCCCUUUAGCACUUCUGUUUCUAAGAUAGGUCUAAGAUCAGGAGAUUGAUUUUUACCUUCUAUUGUGUGUUUGAAUUGUUCAAAGCUGUACUGCUCCUUGGUUUAUUCCAAGGAAAAGUAAAUCUCCCCUUUUCAUGUACUGCUCAGUCUGAGGACAAGUCUGUAAGGGAGAGGAAAGGGAAAUGCUUUACGUUGGAACUUCAGUGAAUUAUGGGUCCUGUUUUACCACUUCAAACCUAUGGCAGCUCGCAUAUGCAUUCCUUUCUUAACUGCCACAGGUUCGGGUCUAGUUCACUUCAGUUCCACUCAAGCGUAUUCAUGAAAAGGUUCUCAUGAAGUCGGGGGUGGGGGGAGGGGGUGCCCAGUAAAAACAUGGGGCCUUCAUUCCUUGUCCACACACCUCUCUAUAUCUGCUUUAUAAAUAUUACAAUGGAGUAACUAUUUUUAAAGCUUAUUUUUCAAAUCAUAAAAGACAUUUAUUUUCAGUCAAAUGGAUGAUGUCUCUCUAAACCUUUAAUUCUCAGUGUUUGCUUGUCUUUUUUUUUUUUUUUAAUUCCCACACCCACUUCCUGAUACUCCUUGGUUCUUUCCUGCUCAGGUCCCUUCAUUUGUACUUUGGAGUUUUUCUCAUGUAAAUUUGUAUAAUGGAAAAUAUUGUUCAGUUUGGAUAGAAAGCAUGGAGAAUUAAAUAAAAAGAUAGUUGAAAAUCAGAUUGAAGAAAUUUAUUUCUGUGUAAAAUUAUUUAAAAACUAUGUAUUAUAUAUAAAAGGCAAAAAAGUUCUAUGUACUUGAUGUGAAUAUGCGAAUAUUGCUAUAAUAAAGAUUGACUGCAUGGAGAAGUCUUCAUCAGGAUUAUUUGUGUAGCACCUGAACAUGUAAUGACAGAAUUAGCCAGUGGGUUUUGACAGUCAUUUCUUGGAGGCAGUAGAAAGACUAAGGUGUGUACAUUUUGUUUUAUAAUGUUGAUUCUUGCUUGACAGGUAGAAGUUAAAGUUGUCCAGGUUCCCCGCAUGGUACUAUACAUGUGAUCCGCUUGUAGGGUAAGUCUUUUGUCAGAUAUUGGUGAUGUUUUUCACCUUACGUACCUUUUCUUUCAAAAUGACUGCCUUCCUCCAUGUAACAUGGUUGAAGUAUGUGCU